AUGGCCUUCAGCAGUUCUUCCCACCUGCUGAGACAACAGUGGGUCCACACUGAAGAGUGGCCUUUCUUCUGCCCCGAGUUCAGGAAGUGCUUUGCUCUUUCUUCCGACCUGCUGGCCCAUUGCUGGGUCCACGUGGGGGAGAGGUCGUUCAGUUGCCCUAAGUGCAGGAAGGCCUUCAGCAGUUCCUCAGCCCUGCUGAGGCACCAGUCCGUCCACGCCGGGGAGAAGCUGUUCUCCUGCCCCGAAUGUGGGAAGGGCUUUACCCGCUCCUCCACACAGCUGAUGCACCAGCUGGUCCACACGGGGAUGGGGGUGGGGUGGAGGGAGGAGGCCAUUUUGCUGUCCUGA